ACGGCUGUUUUAUUGGACGAGGAAUGCGCAAACGUCAUCAAGUUGCGACGUUUAGUGAUGGCGUUUGUUUCUGUUUGCUAAACGUUAGCUGCAUACAAAUACACACAAUUCUGCUAUUUCAAACACACUAUAUAUUACUCUAACGGUGGAGGCUGUGUUGUGUGUCAUAUGCAUCCAGUAUGAGCGGGGGGUUGGCACCAAGUAGAAGCACUGUGUAUGUGUCAAACCUGCCGUUCUCUCUUACCAACAAUGACAUACACAAGCUAUUCACCAAAUAUGGAAAGGUUGUAAAGGUUACAAUCGUUAAGGAUAAAGACACUCGCCAGAGUAAAGGGGUGGCGUUUGUUCUUUUCCUAGACAGAGAAUCUGCUCAUAACUGUGCAAGAGCAGUGAACAACAAACAGUUGUUUGGCAGAACAGUGAAGGCGAGCAUUGCCAUAGACAAUGGGCGAGCAACUGAGUUUAUAAAAAGACGGAACUACACAGACAAGACUAAAUGUUACGAAUGUGGGGAUACAGGACAUCUGAGCUACGCAUGCCCCAAAAACAUUCUGGGAGAGAGGGAACCACCGAAGAAGAAGGAAAAGAAAAAGAAGAAAAAGGCCGAACAACCUGAGCAUGUUGAAGAAGAAGAAGAAGAAGAAAGUGAAGAAGAGGGAGAGGACCCAACCUUAGAUAGUUUGAGCCAAGCCAUAGCUUUUCAGCAAGCCUGUAUCGAGGAAGAGGAGGAGACGCAGAUUAAGCAGGAACGUGUGUCUCAAGAGGACAGUGCUCAGGCUUCAACUUCCUCAGACUCCAAGAAACCAAGGAUCAAAAAGAGUGCAUACUUCAGUGAUGAGGAGGAGCUUAGUGACUAAUGAAAACAAUAGACAUAAGCUGUUUGUCAAAUAUCGCUAUAUUUUUGUAAGUUAUAUUGGGGAUGCUUUCAUUUGAACUAAUACAUUUAGAUUUUUUUUAUUCUUGUACAUAGAACUAAGACUUUUUUCUGUUUCUAGAAAUACUGUACACUUGUUCUUGGUUGAUUGAAUGUGAGUGGUGUUUUUCUGUCAGUCAAUAAAACCUUGUUUCUUAAUGACAAACUAAA